CCAGCGACGGCGAGAAAAAAAGAGCGAGGGAAAAGUCGAGAGGGGAGCGAAAGUCAGAAAGCCAGAUGAAAAAGUUGGAUACUGAGGAGCGAGCCAACCAAAGACCAGAAUACUCUCUUUAAAUCAUGCCGCUGCACAAAUCAACCCGGGCGCCUCGCCUGGACCCCACCAUGAUCUCAGCCCCACUGGGUGACUUUCGCCACACCAUGCACAUUGGGAGGGGAGGCGAUGCCUUUGGGGACACAUCCUUCCUGUCCACUCUUGGCCCGAGCUCUGCCAGCCCUGAUCCUGGGAGUCCAGGGACGAUGCCAGAUGCCGACCCUCAGGUGGCGGUCAACCACAAUGACCUAUAUACAGACGCUCCAGGAAGCCCUCAGAACAAUGAGCUUCAGCACUCUGAGUCAGUGUCUUCAUUUGACCUGGACCUGGAUCUAGGCCCGUCCAUGCUGGGAGACGUACUAGGGGUGAUGGACGGUUUGGGGCUUGACCCCAAUGAGGAGGAUGUGUUCAAUCCCAAAAGCGGCACAACCUCGGUGGAAACAAAUCAGGGCAAAGUGGCCGUGGAGAUGUCUGUGAACAUGCAGAACGAGAUGAAUGGGAAGAACUUGGUUGGGUUGGAUGGAAACCAGGUGGGAGACAACAGGAUACCAGAUGGGAAUGGGAUCAAGCAGAAGGGGUUACGACCAAAAGUGCGAUUCAGUGACAAACGAGAGGAGAUUAUUCGGCAGGCGUCUGAAGAGGAAGAGGGUCAAGGGUUCGACUUCCAGGAUGAGGAUCAGCUGGCGUGUCGCAGUCCAACGAGGGUUGAGAGUGAGAGCGUAGUAGGUGGAGGUGAAACCGAGUUCACCAAUCACAAAGUAGAUUUGCCACCUAGUCCGGCCUCGUCACAUAGCUCAGAGUACGAAGGAGUCACCCCAUUGGACAGGAGGAGGGUCGACAGCUGCCACUCAGAGACUGAUUCAGAGGAGGAGGAGGAGGAAGAAGGACGGGGCUACACAUUUGAAGAUGAGUUUGAUGAUGAAAUUGGUCUAUAGGGGAUAGGUACAGUUUUCCCUUGAAAACAGAGCUUUGCUGUCAAGUAAAUCAAGUAUACUGUAUUUUCUUAAACUCAUAACUUGAGUAUCAUUUGAAUGGGAGGCGUAAACAGAAUGAAACUGGAUUUUUUUUUACAAGAUUUACAGUUUGACGACGUUGCUCAACUGGAAAAAAGCAUUUUGUUUUAUCUGUAAGGGUAACAGAUUUGCAAUAGACUGUCAUCUUGAUCAGAAAAAUCUGUGCCAUUAAGGUUAUACGAGUAAAAGGUUUGUAGCACUUUGAUUUAUUUCAUUGACUUGGUUGCUUUGCUAUGAAACAGACUAAAUUAAUGAUGCUUGCAUUGUUCAUUAUUACUUAUUCUUCAUUCUGAAGUUCACACAAAAGGUGUUUGAGCUUUAUGUUAUAGUGCCUUAAAAAGAGCUGUUUUCUUACAUUAUUGUAUCAUAUGCUAUAUUAAGUCUUAAUAAUUAUUUUUCAUAUUGCAUGUUUUAUUACAAUCUGUCUUCUCUUGUUUAAUGCAUUUGACGAGAUUAAUGGUUCUUAAAGACAUUGUCAGAAAAUAAAGUUCUCCUGUGUAUAAUUAAUUACUGUGAAUUUGUCACAUUCCAAAUCGACAGUGUGAGUUUCUCUGGUUCACAUCUGUUUUACACAUCUGUUUUCGUCAUGCAGUUUUUUUUCCAAGUAACUAAAGCUUUUCUGUGGGCCGUGGGGCUGGACUAACACUACAAUGCUAAGACAAUCAUGGGAUUUUAAGGUCAAUUGUAAAUCAGGACCAGCGGUGUAUUUUGUACAUGUUUGCUUGUAUAAUGCUGUAUUUUUAAAAAAGUAUUUGUGUUUAUAAUGCUGUAAAAGGGAGAAACCAUUAUGCUCAUCUGUUGAAAAUGCUGGUUCAAACAUAUUUGUUAUCCUGUGGUUUAUUAAGGAUUACAGUGAAAACAAUAAAACAAUUAUUGGGAUUUUAAAAUAUUCAUC